CUUCCCCGCCAAUAUUAGGUUUUGGCUCCUUCCCUCAAACGCCCAAAACCAAUUGCAAGAAUCCAUUUGAAGAACCAUAACGUUAUUCCUUUCCCAAUAAUCAUCGGGAGCAACCUUCCACAACUUACAAAAUCGGAGAAUAGUAGUAAAAUAACCAAAAAGGAGGAGGAAAUUAGAGAAUCAGCAGAGUAUGGAAGAACCAGAGACGAGUAUGGAAGUGCGUAGCCUAUCGGGUGAAUCCAUAAGUGUCUCCAUUUUGCCGGACAAAACCAUUCAACAACUCAAGCAACUCCUCAAGCAAGCAUUCCCACCGGCUUCAAUUUCCCCAAAUUUCCACCUCUUUCUCAAGGGUGUCAAAUUGGGGUUAGAGAGUAAGGUAAGUGACCAUUCAGUUGGGAUUGGGGAAUUUCUUGUACUUGUUCCCUAUACCAAGAAAGACAGACAACAGAACAAGAAAACCGAGACACCUGCUAGUUCAUCUAUCCCAGUUGGUGGCUCAACUCUGAAAGAAGCUGAGACAGCAUGGUCUGACAUGAUGCAAGACUUGUCUUACUUGAGCAGCAUACCUAGGAAUGAAAAUCAGACAGAAGCUCUUUUGGAUGAAACACGUUAUAGAGAUUCAGAUGGACACAAUUGCAGUGUUUCGAUGAAUUGUUCUUCACAGGUUAAGCGCAAGAGAAGCAUCAAGGAUUAUAAGAUGGAAGGACAUGCAGAUGAGCUAGUCCUUAGCAUACUAAAAUCAUAUUCCGUUGACAUGGAUGACGAGAAAGCUAAGAUGUUUGUUCAGGUUUUAGCAACUAUAAAUUGUUUUAUCGAUCCGGAUUCAGGCAACUGCAUGUGUGAGGAAGCCAACAGAAAGGAAAACGCAUCUGAUCCAUGUUCGAGUGGUAGUGAUUCGUGCGGGUGUCCAACAUGGUUAAGGAGUAUAAGCAAAAUAUUUUCUUUUUUAAACAUCUAUUCAGCUUCCUUACAACUUCAGCAGGGACAAGUUACCUACUCCAGUCUGAAGGGAGCACUUGAUCGUCUCUGUCUGUUUGGAUUUCUGGCUGGUGUCUCAGACAUCGAGCAACUUUCCCUAUUUUGCCCUAAGGUUGUACACAUUGUUGAUGAUGAUACCAUGGCUAAGAAUUUCAAGGAUGGUAUUGUUAUUUUCAGAAACUCAACAACAAAGGGAGACCAGAGUGCAACUAAAAAAGGUGUAACCAUAUCAAAUGUUCUCCGCUCAAUGAAGAAAAGGGAGUAUGCAUUCCGAAAAAGUCUUUUGAAGUUAGUCAAGUUGUUAAAGCGUCAAAAUGGAAAUGAGUUUUCUAAAAUUUCCCUGGAAGAUUUCAUUACCUUUGUGAAGCAAGGUGGUAUUGGUGCAACAGGCAUUGACACGAGACGAGCAGGUUCUCAAUCCUUUAAAGUAAACUGUUGUGAUACUAAUCCUAUGACACCUUUGGAAAUGGUGGAACAUCUGAGAAAGGGGAUUGGAUCUGAUGGACAGGUUGUUCAUAUUGAAAAUAUCACUGCCCGCAAUGCCACCUAUGUUGAGAUCCCAAGUGCACUUUCAGAAAGCACAAGAUUGGCAUUGAAAAAUAUUGGAAUUACCAGAUUAUAUAGCCAUCAGGCUGAGUCUAUCCAGGCUUCUCUUGCGGGAAAAAAUGUUGUUGUAGCUACCUUGACAUCCAGUGGGAAAUCUCUGUGCUACAAUGUGCCAGUUCUGGAAGUAGUAUCCCAGAAUUUGUCAGCAUGUGCUCUAUACCUAUUUCCUACAAAGGCUUUAGCACAAGAUCAACUAAGGUCUUUAUUAAACAUGACAAACGAGUUUAGCGCUGACCUUACAAUUGGUGUAUAUGAUGGUGACACUUCUCAGAUGGAUAGGAAAUGGCUGCGUGAUAAUGCUAGACUGUUGAUCACAAAUCCUGAUAUGUUGCAUGUCUCAAUCUUGCCGUGUCAUAGACAAUUCAGUCGACUUUUAUCAAAUCUUAGGUUUGUCAUUGUUGAUGAAGCUCAUUCGUAUAAGGGGGCAUUUGGGUGUCAUACUGCUCUUAUUUUGAGGCGACUUCACCGACUUUGUUCUCAUGUGUACGGCAGUAAUCCUUCAUUUAUAUUUUCUACUGCGACCUCUGGAAAUCCCGUGGAGCACUCAAAGGAGCUCUCAAAUCUACGAACAAUAGAGUUGAUUCAGAAUGAUGGCAGUCCAUCUGGCUCAAAGCUUUUUGUGUUAUGGAAUCCUCCUUUGCGCCUGAAAAUGAUCUCAAAGAGAUUUAAGACUGGCAUUGAGGAUGGCUCUGUUGACAAGCAUCUGAUUGCUAGAAGAUCAAGUCCCAUUUUGGAGGUUUCUUGCCUUUUUGCAGAAAUGAUGCAGCAUGGUCUUCGUUGUAUUGCAUUUUGUAAAACGCGCAAACUUUGUGAGCUUGUCUUAUGUUACACGCGUGAGAUUCUUCAGGAAGCAGCACCUCAUUUAGUUGAUACUAUAUGCGCUUACCGAGCUGGUUAUAUUGCUGAGGAUCGAAGAAGAAUUGAGCAUGACUUUUUCAAUGGUAGUAUAUGCGGUAUUGCUGCUACAAAUGCUCUUGAAUUGGGUAUUGAUGUAGGACAUAUUGAUGCAACCCUACAUCUAGGCUUUCCAGGCAGUAUAGCUAGUCUGUGGCAACAGGCAGGAAGGUCAGGCAGACGGGGAAAUGCAUCACUUGCUAUUUAUGUUGCCUUUGAAGGGCCUUUGGAUCAAUAUUUCAUGAAAUUCCCCCAGAAACUUUUCAGGGGCCCAAUUGAAUGUUGUCAUGUAGAUGCAAGAAACCGGCAGGUUCUUGAACAGCAUCUGGCUGCUGCUGCUUUUGAACAUCCACUGAGCUUGUCUGAUGACGAGAAAUACUUUGGCCCUGGCCUGGAGAGUAUCAUAAUGGCACUUAAAAACAAGGGAAUUCUGAGUACAGAUAUAUCACGUAGUGCUGCAGCCAGAAUAUGGAGCUACAUCGGGUUGGAGAUGCCCUCAACUGCCAUUAGUAUUCGAGCCAUAGAAACUGAGCGGUACAAAGUGAUCGACAUUCAAAAGAAUGAACUCCUGGAAGAAAUUGAAGAAAGCAAGACUUUCUUUCAGGUUUAUGAAGGGGCUAAUUAUAUGAAUCAAGGGAAGACGUAUCUUGUGAAGGAGCUUGAUGUGGCAAACAGAAUUGCUUGGUGCCAACGAGCGGACUUGAAAUAUUAUACCAAAACUCGUGACUAUACUGAUGUCCAAGUCACUGGUGCCAACUUUGCUUACCCAGCAAGGACUACUAGUCUGCAACUUCCAAGAACAACUGCCCAAGCACAAAGUUGCAAAGUAACAACCACGUGGUUCGGUUUCUGCAAAAUAUGGAAAAAGAGCAACCAAGUCUUUGACACUGUUGAUCUUUCACUUCCUAAUUACACAUAUGAAACCCAGGCUGUGUGGAUUCAAGUUCCUCAGAUCAUAAAGACAGCCGUAGAGACCUUAAAUUAUUCAUUCCGAGGAGGCUUACAUGCUGCUGGUCAUGCUCUUCUUAAUGUUGUUCCAAUGUACAUAGUUUGCAAUUCAUCUGAUUUAGCCUCAGAAUGUGUAAACCCUUAUGAUUCCCGCGAUGUUCCAGAAAGAAUUCUGCUUUAUGAUCCACAUCCUGGAGGCACUGGCAUUUCAGCACAGGUGCAGCAUAUAUUCAGUGAGCUUCUGACUGCUGCUUUGGAACUUCUUGCAUCAUGCUGUUGCUCUGGCGAUACCGGCUGCCCUAACUGUGUACAAAAUAUUUCUUGUCGUGAGUACAAUGAGGUUUUGCACAAGGAUGCCGCCAUAAUGAUAAUCAAGGGUGUAAUAGAGGAAGAAGAAUCCUACUUUAGGAGUAUAUCAGAGUUGUCUUAGAUGUUUGGCUUGGUGCUUUGCUUCUUCUGCUCUCUGCUUACAGUAUACAGCCCCAAUCCCAAUAUUAGGGAUGGCUGCUGUUAGAUAGUGUGAUUAAAUGUCAUUCUACAUAAUUUAAGAUUCUUAUAUUUGUGUCAUCAGAGAGUAGUGGCCAACUAGGCAACACUAAAGUGGACAUUAUUUGAUUUAUUAGGUAGGUGCGUCUUAUGUCAAUCCUUGUUCACAUGCGUUAAUCGUCUCAAAUUUUGAAUUUGUCUCUACUGGAGACUAGAAUA